AUCUGCAGCCACUGCAGCAUCAUCUACAGAAAAAGAAAAAAAAGACUUGAUGAAGAAGGUGCAAGAACUCUUCAACAUGAAAUAUAACGAGGCAGGUGGGACUGGGAAACUUCCCUACAAGAAGGCGAUCGUGCAGGCUACUGGUCUUCCCCAAGGAAUGACAUUGCGAAAGCCCAACUUUUAUGGGAAAGACCAGCUCAAGGCAAUCCUGGAAAAUGCACACCAGAUUUCGCUUCAAAUAAGAAAAGAGUUGGAUCCAGAAGGCCUGUCACCCUCUCCAGGUCGUCCUCAGACAAGCCUUCCAGUCAUCCCGGUUCUCCAUACAUCCGGCCAGCUCGCCGGUGCUUUGUCCUCCCAAUCCCUUACACAAGGUCCAGAAAGCCAGUCACCCCAAUCCCUUACACAAGUGAAGAAAAAGAAAAAAGGAGGAAGUAGGAAACGGAAGGCUGUAGUGGAGCUAUCUCAAGUUGAAGAUGACGCCAUUGUGAACGACCCUACCAAAAUAUUUAUGGCCAUGAUGGAAGAUGGUUCAGGCCCCAGCAGCCGACAGCCCCCAGAUGAUGAGAACAAUAAUUCUGACGAUGGUACAGAGGACGGGAGUCAACAGCACGCUGACGACACCAAGGAGGCUGUUGGAGAUAACCUGUGCAACGUCUGUGGAUGUGACUGGGAGGAUGCUGACAAAAACCUUUACAAAAAGUGGCGUGCCUGGUCCCAAUGCACUGUCUGCAACGGGUGGUGUCACACUGCUUGUAGCUUUAAAAAUCAAAAAUGUUUUCAUUGCAGGGAAGGGUGACCAGAUCCAAACUCAA